CAAUUUUCUCUCAGCAAAGCUGCUGUUGUGUCAAAAUUUUUCUCGUCAGCAAAGAGAUUGGAAGUAACUUUCCGAAAGUGUUGCGUAUUCGUGGAAAUAAGAAGAACAUACGUGAAAAAUUAAUAUUGGUUAACCUCUUCUGUUCGGAGCGGAAGUGUGAAAAGUUGGUGACUGAACUGUGCUUGUGCUACCAGCAGUAGGAUCACUCAAUUCAUUUUCUUGUCGACUAAUUGUGUAAGAAAAGCGAACCAUGGAUGAGGUGUAUGACGCCAUUGUCCUGGGCACGGGAUUGAAAGAGUGCAUCCUCAGCGGAAUGUUAUCGGUAUCUGGCAAAAAAGUGCUGCAUAUCGACCGCAAUAAGUACUACGGCGGCGAGUCGGCUUCGAUUACGCCCCUAGAGGAUUUGUUUGCCCGGUUUGGAGUGGAUCUUCCAGAGGGAAAGUAUGGACGUGGACGUGAUUGGAACGUCGAUUUAAUUCCUAAAUUCCUGAUGGCCAACGGAUUGCUUGUUAAGUUGCUAAUCCACACGGGCGUGACCCGUUAUUUAGAAUUCAAAUCCGUCGAGGGCAGCUACGUUUACAAGGGUGGAAAAAUUUCCAAAGUUCCCGUCGAUCAGAAGGAAGCCCUUGCAUCAGAUUUAAUGGGUAUGUUUGAAAAGCGCCGCUUCCGCAACUUCCUCAUCUAUGUGCAAGACUUCAUUCAGGAAGAUCCCAAGUCCUGGAAAGAUUUUGAUCCAACAACUAAGUCUAUGCAGGAUUUGUACGAUAAAUUUGGGUUGGAUAAAAAUACUCAAGAUUUCACAGGCCAUGCCUUGGCUUUGUAUCGCGACGAUGACUACCUCGCGGAACCGGCAGUUAAGACGAUCAACCGCAUCAAGUUAUACUCGGAUUCAUUGGCUCGUUAUGGCAAAUCGCCAUAUCUGUAUCCGAUGUAUGGCUUGGGUGAACUGCCCCAAGGAUUUGCUCGUUUGUCUGCCAUCUAUGGAGGCACUUAUAUGUUGGACAAGCCAAUCGACGAGAUUGUCUAUGACAGCAAUGGCAAAGUUGUUGGUGUCCGCUCCGGAGAGGAAGUUGCUAAAUGCAAACAGGUCUACUGCGAUCCCACCUACGUACCGGAGAAGGUACGCAUCAAGGGAAAGGUAAUCCGUUGCAUUUGUCUGCUCGAUCAUCCCGUUGCAAACACGAAGGAUGCCCUUUCAACCCAAAUUAUCAUUCCGCAAAAACAAGUCGGACGUCGGUCGGAUAUUUAUGUCUCACUGAUCAGUUCCACCCAUCAGGUAUCGGCCAAGAACUGGUUUAUUGGAAUGGUUUCAACUACUGUAGAAACAGACAAUCCAGAAGCAGAAAUACGACCGGGGCUUGAACUACUCGCCCCGAUAGCACAAAAGUUCGUAUCGGUGUCCGAUUAUUAUGAGCCGACCGACAACGGAUUGCAGUCGCAGAUCUUUAUCUCGGAAUCAUAUGAUGCCACAACGCACUUCGAAACGACUUGCUUGGAUGUACUGAACAUCUUUAAACGUGGUACUGGUGAGGACUUUGAUUUCUCCAAGAUCAAGCAAGAACUGGGCGAUGAAGAACAGUAAAAUACAGAUAAAAAUGCAUGUUUAGAGUGGAUCUUUAUUCCUAUAGAAGCGAAAACCAAUUAAAAGCGAAACGAAGAAACCUAUCUUCUCCGAAGCAAAGCAAGAUUAUUAAUUACGAUUAAUAUAUGAAAAAUUUACAUCUGAUACAUUAUAUAUUAGUAUUUACCGCUAUUUUCAGUAUGAGCUGCAACAGAAAAAAUACACUAACAUGUCAUACCAGCGAGCCUCUUUAGGUAUUGUAGGUAAACUUCCCUAGCAGAAAAUGCGUAAUAAAAAUAAGUUACGGCAUCCUUAGAAGAGAACUUGUCACACAGAGUAAACCAAACAUCGAAGCAUCUUUAGGAGGAAUGAUGUGCAAGGAGCAAGUGAACGAAAUAGCAACUAUAGCAAUCGUCAUUUUUGAUUGAUGGGUACUACAGUCGUUUUUAAUACUAACACCAAAAGGAUGGAUACUGCAUGGUAUGAUUUUGUUGUUUUUUCUUUGAGCAGCAUUCAUACCAUUAUCUUUUCUGUCAUGGUUUAUGUUUUAUUCGAAACAUUAACUUCACAUGGUCAGUAUAAAGUUUUAGAAUCUGCAAUGUUCAAUUCUGCAGAGAAGAAAAAAAAAAACAAUGCGACGUACUUCCAAAAGUACACAAACCGAUUGAGACUUUUUUCUUUGACUUUAUUAGAAAUGUCAACUGUUCGGUUUGUUGCACUGCGUACGACGUAAAUGUUAUGUGAAUUUCGAGUGGUUUAGGGCCAAAAAUAAACGAAUACGAAAACUAUGAAAACUCUUUUCGGGGGAGUAAAAAAGACUAUUAUAAUGUGCAAAAAGAAAAAAAAAGUAGAAUAAUCUAAUUUACACACACAUAUUCACAUGAAAACAAGAAAAGCUGUAAGAACUUAUGAAUGAUAAAAUACCUGCAUGGCAAAAAGGGAGAUAAAUCUACAGAAAAUAUCGGCUUUUCAAAAGCGUCAUACAUUUAUUUAUUUUCCAGCGUUUGUUUUCCUCUGCUUGUGUUGUACUAUCCACAUGUAUGCAAAAUUUAUCGAAAUCAACAAAUAAAAUGAUUGUUUAGUGACAAAUUCAAAACAGUUAUGUUUUGUAAAGAAUGUGAAAGAAUAACCUGCGAAUUAGGAAAUGUUGGCUGAUCUGAUACAAUAAAACACAAACAUUCCGUACUCGAGAAUAACAGGAAAUAGGUAGAGCAAUGCUUUAGGAAGACAAAAGAAUCAUUUAUUUUCUAAUGAAACAUGAACUUGCUUUGUAUAUCACAACUUAUGAAUAUAUUCGACGCCGAAAAUCAUUGUAGAUUGUUCAGUAGUAACCACAAAACUAAAAAAAUGCUGUGUUUUCGCCUACAUAUUAGAUGGAAAGCGUAUAGAAAUCCCUUUUACUUUGUUCUGGAUUAUUGCUAAAAGAUCAUUUGUAUUCAUUUGAAUGAAAAAUCCACGCGGAAUACAAUAUCGAACGCCCGUUUCAGUCUGUUGCAGUCAGUGUAAAACAAAAAGUACAGCAAAAGAAAAACAGUAAUGUUUCCCACAUGGAAAACACUUUGAAAGAUCAAAUAAAGGACUUUUCAUUAUCAACCAAGAAA